GGAAUAAAAACAUGGAUGGAAAUGAGAGCAUUCCAGAAACAUUGAAGUUUGGAAGUUUGGAAGAAAGAAGCAUUUGUGGGAGAUUUUUGUAUUAUGAAUUGUAUUUGUGGAAAUUAGAUAAUGCACCGAAAGACAUUCAUAAAUUCUGUGAUCCUAAGAUUGAUGAAAAGUUGAGAGAAAAAUUGAUAAGAUGGAUAAGGGAUGUUGAUGACAGGACCUCUUGCCAGAGUCUGCAGAUUCUUUUCUCUUUUUCAAUCCCUUCUCCAUUAGCAAUAGAGAAAAUUCUCAGUUUGCAUUUACCCAUUAUAUCAGCUGGAGCCGGUACUGGGUACUGGGAAACGUUUCUUCAACAAAAGGGAGCUGAUGUGAUUGCUUUUGACAAAAAUGAUGUGUAUCCUGAGCAAAUGAGAUAUUUUCCUAUCAUGACAGGUGGUCCCAGUCUUCUAUCGCAGUUCUCAGACAGAGCACUGAUGUUGGGAUGGCCUGAUGCAGAAGAAGGAUCAACAUUUUCCUUGGACUGUCUCCAGCAGUACAAAGGUAACACCAUCAUCCACAUUGGGGAGCUGUUUGGAGAGACAUAUUCAACAAAUCCCUGGGGACAAUCAACUUCACAGGGGUUCCAGUUAGAGCUGGGAGAAACUUUCCGGUGUAUUUUAAGAGUUCAGCUACCAAAUUGGCCAGGUUAUCUGGAUAGUAUGACAGUAUGGUCCAGGGUGACAGACACAACUGAAUGUGAUGGUAUGCCAAUGGUGAAUGUAUUGCCUUCAAGUCCAAGAUAUUAUGGAUGGGAGAAAUAAGAAAGAUUGAUGGAAAGAUAGAGAGACAGAUACAUAUUCCCCAGCACAGUGUYAUGUGGUAUGGACCAGAGACCAGUGCAGGACAGACACAAAUGAAUGUAAUGGUAUGUUGAUGGUCCAGGGUGACAGACACAACUGAUUGUGAAGGUAUGCCAAUGGUGAAUGCAUUGCCAUUAAGUCCAASAUAUUAUGGAUGGGAGAAAUAACAAAGAUUGAUGGAAAGACAGACAGAUACAUAUGGCUUUAGCACAGUUUCAUGCAAUAUGGACUAAAAUAUAGCCCUAAUUUCAACAACCUUCCAUAAUUCACUGCCAUACACUGAUUUGUUUACUUGAGGAUGAUAACUAAAUAAGAUAGUUUAUUUACACAAAUAUUUGUACUUGAGUUGAUAAGAAAAACAGUUUCAGUCUAGGGCCGUAUGUGAUUGUGCUAAGCAUCUGUCUGUUUUAAGGUUAGACAUUUGUUUCCUUGGUGGGCUACCUGUGGUAUAUAGAUCAAUGUGACCCUUUCAGUCUUGCCCAGAGUCUUCCAGAUUUUUGUUCAAUGCAUGAUUUGGCACUGAUGAUGAAGCAAGAAGGUGCUGGGGGACUCAAGGUCGAGACUGAAUGUGACCAAGGAUCUUUUCACCAAGCCCCCUCUUCCCUCCUUAAUCACACAGUUAUCUCGAGCACUAAAUAGUAAAAUAAGAGAGACACCAGCAGAGAAUGUUAGGUACACUGUAUGAACCAAAAUGGUUCUUCUGAACUAAAUAGCAACUAGUCUAUAGAUUUUGUUGAGAGAAAAAUCUGUCUGUCAUUUCUGAACACACUGGAGUAGCGCAGUAUUACUGUUACAGUAUCAAAAGGAUAUCUGCUGAACCAAAAUGAAGACAACUCUGGGGUGUAAUGUUAUCCCAUUCCAGACCACAUGUCAUUUUCUUAGUACAGAUAUAAUUUCUUUGUGUAACACUUGCACAUGAGAAAACACAUGGCAUCAUGGAUAUGACAAAACAAAGAACAUUUCAUUUUUAUUCUCAAGAGUAUGACAUAUGGUCUAAAAUGGGGAAACAUUAUGCCCAAGCUAAAGAAAUCUAUUGCUGAAGUUUGACUAUCUAUAAACAUGACUAUCUAUUUAAUCUAAUAAAUUUUAUAUUUUCCCCUAAUGAAA